AGCGAAGGCACAGACUCUGCCUGCUUUUGCCAGUGGGACGGCAAAGGGUCACUCUAAAAAUUACUGUUGCUGCUGGGGCUGGUCAGGUGGCUGGGUGGCCCCACAAGAUCCUCCUUCUCCUCCUGUCUGUUUCUCCAGAUUGUCUCCUAAGAGGAGUGUGCUGCUAAACCUUCUCCAUCGCAAGUUGGGCUGCGACCCUUGACACAGGAGGCAAGCUCUUGCCUGUGACAGUUUUUGCCAACAUGGCACCCAAAAAGAAGAGUGUCAAAAAGAACAAAGGAGACAUCAAUGAGAUGACUAUAAUUGUCGAAGACAGUCCUCUCAGCAAACUGAACACCCUGAAUGGGCUGCUGGAGGGAGGCAAUGGCCUUCACUGCAUUUCUUCUGAACUGACAGAUGCUUCUUAUGGCCCCAACCUCCUGGAAGGCUUAAGCAAGAUGCGGCAGGAGAGCUUCCUCUGUGAUUUAGUUAUUGGUACCAAAACCAAAUCCUUUGAUGUUCAUAAGUCAGUGAUGGCUUCAUGCAGUGAGUACUUUUACAACAUCCUGAAAAGAGACCCAUCAACUCAAAGGGUGGAUCUCAAUGACAUCUCGCCACUGGGCCUGGCCACGGUCAUUGCCUACGCCUACACUGGGAAGCUGACGCUCUCCUUGUAUACGAUAGGAAGCAUCAUUUCUGCUGCUGUUUAUCUGCAGAUCCAUACACUGGUAAAGAUGUGCAGUGAUUUUCUAAUACGAGAGAUGACUGUUGAGAACUGCAUGUAUGUGGUUAACAUUGCUGAAACGUACUCCCUGAAAACGGCAAAAGCAGCAGCCCAGAAAUUUUUACGGGAUAACUUCCUCGAAUUUGCGGAGUCAGAUCAAUUUAUGAAACUCACUUUUGAACAAAUUAAUGAACUGCUUAUGGAUGAUGAUUUACAAUUGCCUUCUGAGAUAGUAGCAUUCCAGAUUGCAAUGAAAUGGCUAGAAUUUGACCAAAAGAGAGUGAAAUAUGCUGCUGAUCUUUUGAGCAAUAUUCGCUUUGGAACCAUCUCUGCCCAAGACCUGGUCAAUUACGUUCAAUCUGUACCCAGAAUGAUGCAAGAUGCUGACUGUCAUAAACUCCUUGUAGAUGCUAUGAACUAUCACUUACUCCCGUAUCAUCAAAACACACUGCAGUCUAGGAGAACAAGAAUCCGAGGCGGCUGUCGAGUCCUGGUCACUGUAGGGGGACGCCCAGGCCUCACUGAGAAGUCCCUGAGUCGAGAUGUCUUGUAUAGAGACCCUGAAAAUGGAUGGAGCAAGCUUACAGAAAUGCCGGCCAAGAGUUUUAAUCAGUGUGUGGCUGUGAUGGAUGGAUUUCUUUAUGUGGCUGGUGGUGAAGACCAGAAUGAUGCAAGAAAUCAAGCCAAGCAUGCAGUCAGCAAUUUCUGCAGAUACGACCCCCGCUUCAACAGCUGGAUCCACCUGGCUAGCAUGAACCACAAGCGCACGCACUUCAGCCUCAGCGUGUUCAACGGGCUUCUUUACGCCGCAGGUGGCCGCAACGCAGAGGGCAGCCUGGCCUCGUUGGAGUGCUAUGUGCCCUCCACUAACCAGUGGCAGCCCAAGACGCCCCUGGAAGUGGCACGCUGCUGCCAUGCCAGCGCAGUGGCUGAUGGCCGAGUGCUGGUGACUGGUGGCUACAUAGGCAAUGCGUAUUCGCGCUCCGUGUGCGCCUACGACCCAGCCAGCGACUCCUGGCACGAGCUGCCAGCCCUGAGCACGCCCCGAGGCUGGCACUGCGCAGUCACGCUGAGCGAUCGGGUGUAUGUGAUGGGGGGCAGCCAGGUGGGGCCGCGAGGGGAGCGCGUGGACGUGCUGACCGUGGAGUGCUACAGCCCGGCCACAGGCCAGUGGAGCUAUGCGGCGCCGCUGCAGGUGGGCGUGAGCACGGCAGGCGCCUCUGCCCUGCACGGCCGCGCCUACCUGGUAGGAGGCUGGAACGAGGGCGAGAAGAAGUACAAGAAGUGUAUCCAAUGCUUCAACCCAGAGCUCAACCAGUGGACGGAGGAUGACGAGCUGCCCGAGGCAACCGUGGGCGUGUCCUGCUGCACCCUUUCAAUGCCCAACAGCGUGACUAGGGAAUCCCGGGCCAGCUCGGUGUCCUCCGUGCCAGUCAGUAUCUGAGCCCAGACAGGUGCGGGCAUGCGAGGAAGAACGCGUAUGUAUGCUUGGUUAACCUUUGGGGUUAGUAAAAAGGAAAAUAUGUAACAUUUACUACAAUAGUUAUGUCUUUAAAUACAUCCAGGCAUGUGCCUUGGUACUUUAAAUUCCUGAUAUGGCAUAAUCUACCUCUGUUUAUCUUUUUUUUUUU